ACAUUCUGCUGCUCUUGAGCUACAUAUCCACCUCUCUAUUCCUCCCCCUCCGGUUUUACUAAUCCGAGCACCCAACUCCACCCAUGGCCGCCAAUAGAUUGAUGAGCUGCGGCAUCGCCGCUGCAUUUCCCUCUGUUCUCUCCUCCUCAAAAUCCAAGUUCGUCACCGGAGUUCCUCUUCCUUGUGUCAACGCCAAUGCAGCUCGCUUCACCAUGUCUGCUGACUGGAUGCCUGGCCAGCCACGGCCACCAUAUCUCGACGGUUCUGCACCGGGGGACUUUGGAUUUGACCCACUUCGGCUUGGGGAGGUUCCAGAAAAUCUUGAGAGGUACAAGGAAUCUGAGUUGAUUCAUUGCAGAUGGGCUAUGCUUGCUGUCCCUGGGAUUCUUAUUCCAGAGGCCUUGGGGUUGGGGAACUGGGUGAAGGCUCAAGAAUGGGCGGCGAUUCCCGGUGGCCAAGCCACCUAUUUGGGCCAACCUGUUCCAUGGGGCAACCUCCCUACCAUUCUGGUGAUCGAGUUCCUCGCCAUAUCCUUCGUCGAGCACCAACGCAGCAUGGAAAAAGACACGGAGAGGAAGAAGUACCCUGGCGGCGCUUUCGAUCCCUUGGGAUACUCUAAGGACCCCAAAAAGUUCGAGGAAUACAAGGUCAAAGAAAUCAAAAAUGGUCGACUUGCAUUGUUGGCAUUUGUGGGGAUCUGUGUGCAGCAAUCAGCAUACCCUGGCACUGGGCCACUGGAGAAUUUAGCAGCUCACUUGGCUGAUCCAUGGCACAACAACAUCGGAGACGUCAUCAUUCCCAGAUCGAUUGCGCCUUGAAUCUGAGAAGAAUUUCCAUCCAUUUCAACUGUAAAAUUCCAUGUAAUGAAACUACCCGUAAUCAAUUGCUAGAAGCUUUCAUGUGUGUAGUAUGCCUAAAAGCAGAACCUCAAAUUAUUAUGAAAUAGUUGUAUUUCUCCUUAUAACACUCUGUGACUUAAUAAACCUUAGAUUUUGUG